GUAAGGCUACAGACCGAGACCGUAGACGUGCAGAACUGUUCCAUUUUAACCCCAAACCUUCGUUUUGAGAGAGAAACUAAAUAAAAAAAGGAGUUUCAAUAGUUGCAGGCUUUAAAAGCCGGAGCUUGUGUGCGCAUGCGCGAAAGAGGGCGAUAAAAAUCAUGUGUUUUCCUGUUUAGUGCCCUUAUCUUACCGACUCGCUGUUGUUGUUUACUUAUUAUAAUUACGUUUAGAUGCUGGUAAACCCGCAAGAGGUGAGCCCAGGAGGUUCCACAGCUAGAAAUGUUCUAUGUACUCCUGGUCUGCAGUAUGAGAGGUAGUUUGGUGUUAAGUCAUACAGUGAUGCACGCUAAUGAGGCACUGUCCCCCCCAGUAAAGCAGGCCGGGGUCAGUGGUGUCCACAAGCGCAGUAGGAUGCUUAACUAAUCUCCGAAACAUUUAGAGCCUCAAGUCACUGUAGUUGUCCAAUCUCUGCGUGUCCUGCAAGAGGGAGGUACCCUGUCCAAAGUCUCAGGGUCAUCCACCCUGAUAAACAGCUGAGCACUUCUUAGCCACAGCUGUUUAUAGUGGAAUAAGACCUGCUCUGUUGCGUUCAGCAUGCUCGGCGCCCACUUGCAAAAAGGUUAUGUUGAGCCUGCGUGUCACCCAGCCUUCGCUGGCAUCAUGAGUGGGAAGAGCCUCCUUCUGAAGGUGAUCCUGCUGGGGGACGGCGGCGUGGGCAAGAGCUCGCUGAUGAACCGCUAUGUGACUGACCGCUUCGACUCGCAGUCCUUCCACACCAUCGGCGUGGAGUUCCUAAACCGUGACCUGGAGGUGGACGGGCGCCUGGUCACUCUGCAGAUUUGGGACACGGCGGGCCAGGAGCGCUUCAAGAGCCUGCGCACGCCUUUCUACCGCGGCGCCGACUGCUGCCUCCUCACGUUUGCUGUGGAUGACCUGCAGAGCUUCCAGAACCUAGCCUGCUGGAAGAAGGAGUUCAUGUACUACUCAGACGUGCGCGACCCAGAGCGCUUCCCCUUCGUGGUGCUGGGCAACAAGGUGGACAAGGAGGAGCGCGAGGUGGGCGAGGACGAGGCCCGGGCGUGGUGCGAGGAGAACGGCUGCUGCCCAUAUUUCGAGACCAGUGCCAAGGACGACACCAAUGUGAGCGCUGCCUUCGAGGCGGCCGUGAGGGAGGUGCUGGCCAGCGAGGAACAGAUUGACCACGCCUUGCUGAGCAGCACCAUCGACCUCCACGGCAACCGCAAGGCACCACGCUCCUCCUGCUGCUGAGGCGGCAGCAGUUACCAUGGUGCCUUUGCGGUCGCUGGACCACGCCUGCACACUCGCAAGAGCCGAUGGUACGACGCGACACCGGGAAGGGCAUGGGCUGGGCAUAGCCCUGUUUUGGGCAUCACCUUUGGGUUACGUAGCUACAGAUGUAACAGAAUAACUGUAUUUUUUAGGUGUGUGUGUCUGCUUUCUGCAAUCUGGCACCUGUAAUGCCAUAGUCUAUGCUGUCCUUUCCUGCCAAAGGCUCUUGUGCUUGUGCUGUGUUGGGUUUUCUAUUGACGCAGCUUUCUUGCCCUGGAGGUCACUGGGCUCCCGUGUUCCCCACAACACUCUGCCGUCCUCAAGAGCACAGUCAGCUUUGUUGCACAACUCAUUGCUCUCUCUCUUGCCUGACCUGCCAUUAACGUUCCUCUCAGUUUAUCAGAUUACUUUCCUGCUGUAUCGCCAGUCCUUGGUACUAUAUUUUCGCUCGUCUCUUAGUUAACCUCAGAGAUUUACCGAGUCUCUACUGCUGGGUGGGAAAAAGUCAGAUAUUGCUAUCCAACAGUUUAAUGCUGAGGUAUGUAUCUGUAUGUUGGAGAAAAAGGGAAUUAUCUUUUGAUGUGAGUCUUCUGCUCACAGUUUUUGUUCGUAUCUUUCUAGGUACGUUGACCUCGAGUUACUCUGUGGUACAAUUUUAUUAUUAUUUUCACUCUUCGUUUAAGAUUCUGCCCGUCGUGUGAUUUAGAGCGGUGUUGUCUGCGUUUUGAUCUCGCUGCAGCACCGUCAUGUUGGAAAUAAGGGCUGUUUUGCUCUCUGUGGAAUUGUGAGGGCUCCGAACCCCGAACCUCUAUCACUGAAUGACGUUUAGCGGUGUGGAUGCACAUUUAGUCUUUCAUAUCAGAGCAUACUGAUAGCGUUGGUACCGAGUACCAAGGCACUAUUUACCUACCGUAGUGUUUAAACCCUAAGGAGCAUUUUUGCUCUGCCAGUUUUUUUUUUUAUUUUUAUUAUUUAUUUAAAGAAGUCAGCAAAAAAAUGCUCGUGACUUGUUGCUUCACUGCCUUUUCCUUGGUUGUUUUAGUAUGGAGAAAUAGCUUGCAAUAUCUGUUCAUUCCCUCAACUCUGUCUAAUCUGAAUGUGAAACCAACCAAAGCACAUUUGCCCUGGCGUUCUGCAUUUAAUGCCAAUUCUGUUUGUAGUGUUACGAAAGGUACUUGUGAACAAUCCCUGUUUCUGAUCGACGAAAAAACCCCAGCUUUAGUACUUAAAAUUUUGAUAUUAUCGAGCUGUUAACAUUUUUUCCUUUUUGCUAAAUCAUACUGGAUAUCGACCUGCCUGAUACAGUUGUGGUGGUGAAGAUUUUGAUAUUUACUAGUGUUGCCUAUAUGAAGCAAGAGAUGUAGCUCCUUCCACUUAAAAGUUUACUUCCAAGCCUGAAAAGCGUUGCAUUAACCUGGUGAACGGUUUUCACGUCUGCUCGCUCUUGCAUGUAAACGCCACCACACUUUAUGCUACCGUUUUGCCGCUUGCUUAGGGUGAGGCUCAACCUUUUAUUGCCGGUCCCCAUGCAGUGAAAACAGCUCUUGCGAUGUUUAAUAGGAAUGGUCACUGUGAAACAGAAUGAGUUGAGGCACUGUGCUUUCCCCUAAAGUUAUGGCACGUAAAGCUAUAGGGGUGUUUGUUUCUCUGUAUUGGAAAACCGUAUUUAACUGCCAGACGCUGAUGUUAUUUUUAAAUUGAAGUACCGAAUUAAGCUGCAACAGUGCGUUCGCUGUGAACCUGAUCUGGAUUUAUUCCGUCUUGUUUGACAGUAUUUCAUUUGUUACAGGUGUACUGCAAGGAAGGUUCUUGGUACCUGCUUAAAUGUUAUUCAAAGCUCAAGUCUUGGUCCUGCACACGCUGAAAAUGUGUAUUUAAUGUAAUAAUAGUUUAUAGACUGGUGAAUGAGUUUUUAUUAACUUUGUAUGGCUGUGUUUAUUUUUUUCAUUUGGACUAAAACCUGCUUUCUGGUACGCUUCGUUAAGCUGUUUACUUCCAGUGGGUGAUAACUGAGAACAUUUACUCUGCGUUCUGUUACAGUGUGCACCGAUCGGGCACAUCAUCAUGACCACCUCCUCGUUUAUGCGCUCAUUGUCCAUCUUAUCAGCUCCACUGACCGUAUAGCUGCACUCUGUAGUUCUACAGUUACAGACUGUAGUCCAUCUGUUUCU